CUUUAUUUUGAAAAGCACUUUCCAGGAGAUGUUCUAGAAAUAGUUUAAAUAUACUUCAGUCUGUCAUAUUUUUCACAAUAGUUAACAUAUUUUUGAAUGAUUUGUAUAUUCUGUAAUAAUACCAUCCUAUGUUCCAUCAACAGGUUACUUUAGCAAUUUUAGCAAUUCCAUAUAGCACUAUUUUCAUUUGUGUUAGAGAUGAAGACACUAGGUUAGCAGCAUUGAAAGUUGGACCAGCUUCACAUGAUGAUGAAGUAUCUAGUUCUGGCAUUGAACAUCAACUCUUGCAUCCAUAGCUUAAAAAUUAAGGAUGAUAAUUCAUAUUCAUGUUGGUGAUCUUAUAUCAUUUCAAAAGUAGAGUCAUCUUUGCAUUGCCAAAAAGGACUGUAAGUGUAGUUUUCUUAAACAUUUUCUUGAAGUAUAGAAAAUAUAGAUAAAAUGUGGUAAUGCCUUGAUCCUAAUUUCCCAGAUUAAAUAAUUUUCUAAGUAUUUACAUCCAUGUCAGAUGUCCCCAGAUAAGCAGAACAUUGUCAUUUCUCUAGAAGUCCUCUUAUUCCUUCUUUAAUCCAUUACCUCCCUACUAAAAGAAACUCCUGUCUGAAUAUCUAACAUGUACAUUUUAUUUCCACCCAUGUUUGAACACUAUGUAAAGGUAAUUAUACUGUAUGUGUUCUUCUAUCUUUUCCUUAUUAGCUUUCCUUGGAACUAACAUUAAGCUGUGGGAAGUUUAUUGGGGAGCCCUCAAAAUAGCAUCAUUUGGGGCUGGUGCCAUUGCUCACUUGGUUAAUCCUUUGCCUGCGGCACCGGCAUCCCAUGUGGGCACUGGGUUCUGGUUCCGGUGUUCCUCUUCCAGUCCAGCUCUCUGCUGUGGCCCGGGAGGGCAGUGGUGGAUGGUCCAAGUGCUUGGGCCCCUGCACCUGCAUGGGAGACCAGGAGAAGCACCUGGCUCCUGGCUUCGGAUUGGCACAGCGCCGGCCAUAGAGGCCAUUUGGGGAGUGAACCAACAGAAGGAAGACCUUUCUCUCUCUCUCUCUCUCUCUCUCUCUCUCUCUCACUGUCUAUAACUGUGUCAAAUAAAUUUAAAAAAAAAGUAAAAAAAAAAACCAGCAUCAUCUGAGAAGAAGUUGAGGAAGGAGGUAUCAUCAGAAGCUGGAUUGAGGUGCAAUUGCACCAAAGGGCAAUCCCACACGAAACUGCAGCACUGUGUGGCCCUAGUGGGCAAGGGGCUGGCCUUGACAAUCUUAGUCUUGAAGGGGUACCAGGGAGUAGCAUCUACUGUGUUCCACCUGCUGGGCCCCUGGGAUCAAUCUGCUUCAUUUAACCUCAUGGGGUAGAGUCGCUGCAGGAUUUGGGUUCAUUUGUUUUCCAGUUUACGAAAAGAAGACUGGGGGAGUGGACUAAAGCUCUCAAAGAAGCAGUAGGCUUCUGGAGCACAACUCCUCAUUUCUUUCCCCUCACCCCUCCUUUGGCACCCCUGUUUGUGCAGAUUACCUAAUGGAGCAAUGCCUGUCUUCCUCUGGAAGCUGCUGAGCCCCUCUCAGGCUGCAGCAGUUGUCCAGUAACCAUCACACUUGGCAGGGUGAUGCUCCUAGGAAGUUACUGAGUCCUAAAUAUGUCCUUCACUGACCAAUGUGAGGCACCAGCCUAUCUCUUCCCAGCCAUCAGAGUCCAAUAUCCCUGCUAGAAUUUAACUUGUCUCCUCAUCUGCUGGUCUCUUGAUACAAGAAGCUCAGUGGCUGGUGAGAGCCUUAACUUAGUUUAAUUUUUCCCUUGGUGGAUCUCCUUUGGAAAUGUUUCCUCUCUGAGAACCAGACCUCUAGGCCUUUGCAACCUAGGGUUUUAGUACAAGAGCAUAAAUUCUUCACAUGGGUCAUUGGGAAAAAUGGCAAAUGAGCUACCCUCAUACCAACCCUGUGGUUCCCAAUCAGUAAUCACAAUUCAAAAUGUUUAUCACAGAAAUAUGGUGUCUCAUGUUGGCCAACUGUGUUGUCAUCAACCUGACACCUCAGUGACACCUUUAAAAGGCCAUCCCAUCACUCAGCAAGGCUGGCAGUUUAGGAAGUAGUGUCACCUGCGAUAAUUCUAGUGUAUCUUUAAAAUAAAUAUGUCCCCUCCCAUACUUCAUUUGAUGUAGGUGGUCCCCUGGUCCUAUGCAAUGUUCAUAGGGUCUGCCUCUGGACAGUGGUGCAGUCUGACAUUUGGGCAGCAAAUUUCAAACUCAUAUAUGGAAUAUGUGUCAAUUGCAGUUUAAUUUUACCUUGCCAAGUGUCUUGUCUGUUCUCUUUAAGGGAUGGUGCCAUGGCAAGAUAUCAGUGCUGGUCUCUGUUGCUAGAAAAUUUUACAUCUGUUUUCUGGGGCAGUAGUUAUGUCAGUCUUGAUGUCACAGGACACAUGAUAUUGUACCUAUGCUCAGCAGCUAUCUCUGUACCAUCCUGUUGGUGUGCCCUUUGUGACCCACUGAAGUGCACAAUGAUAGAGGCUGGCUGAUGGCAGUAUGAGCCAGCUAUUCUGUCUGAUUGGUUGUGUACCGCCUCUAUUGUAGUGGCUGCUUCUGGUAGGCCAUGGCAAAUGAUCUCAAGCUCUUCAUACUUCUUGCUCACUCUCUUAGAUCUUUCUGGGUACCCCUUCCCCAGAAUUCCUUGUUUCUGUCUUCUAAUCAUUACCCUCGCAAGCCUCUGGCCAACCAGGCAUGCCAUACUGUCUGUAAUUUGUAUGCUGUAUCCAACAUAUCAACAUGGCUGAGUAUUGGGGCUCUUUGAGGAAGGACUGUGGAAAUUGAUAACUAUUUAUUUGCCAUGCAUUGUUGGAUCCUUUUUUAUGAAAACUCAGUCUUUCCUUUAGUGGGCCUGGUGUGGGUACAAAAAUUAUUCAGUGGACAAUGACUUUUUAUCAGAGCAACACUUCUAAACUUCAUGAUCACUCAUCAUCAAUAUUUUGAUCAUAUAUCAGGGUGGGGAACAUUUUUUUGCCAAGGGCCAUUUGGAUAUUUAUAACAUCAUUAGUAGGCUGUAUAAAAUUAUCAAUUUAAAAAUUAGCCUGCUAUAAAUUUACUGAAUUUUGUAUCCUGCCUGUGAAUGUCGUUUCAGGACCAGAUCAAGUGAGUUCACUGGCUUUAUAUGGCCUACAGGCCAGAUGUUCCCCACCCCUGAAUAAUUGAGCAAUAGUCUUUUUGGCUGUCCAUUUAUCUUCCCACAAAGAAAGUUCAGUUUUAUUAACCAUCUCUAUUUAUUACCCUAUGGAUCAAUAAUCCCUAGUUGAUAUUCUACUUGCCUUUUUUUAGAUAAAAAUUAUGCAUCAUUGCUAUUGGGAACAUUUUUCUAUAACAACAUCUCCUCUAGUUUGCCCUGGACUAAGAGGAGCAACUGUGUUGCUUGUGCCAAUCUAACUAUAUGUUUCUUUCAACUUUGGUAAACCAUUUGUUCUCCAUGAUAAUGGAACAUGACCACAGAGUGUGCAUUAUGGUCUUUGAAAUCUUAGAAUAUAUACUUUACCAUGCCUACUUCUCUGUAGCUUUUGUUCUUUUGUAAAAAUUAUCUUCUGGAGGUCGGCGCUGUGGUGUAGCAGGUAAAUCCGCUGCCUGUAGUGCCAGCAUCCCAUAUGUGCACCGGUUCAAGUACCGGCUGCUGUGCUUCUGAUCCAGGUUUCUGCUGUGGCCUGUGAAAGCAGUGAAGGUGGCCCGAGUCCUUAAGCCCCUGCACUCGUGCGGGAGAACUGGAAGAAGCUCCUGGCUCCUUGGCUUCAGAUCAGUGCAGCUCUGGCCGUUGUGGCCAUCUGGGUAGUGAUCCAGUAGAUGGAAGACCUCUCUACUCCUGCCUCUCUGUAACUCUGCCUUUCAAAUAAACGAUCUUAAAAAAAAAAAAAAAAUCUUGGGGCCAGCACUGUGGCAUAGUGGGUAGAGCUGCUGCCUGCAGUGCUAGAUCCCAUAUGGGCGCCAGUUCGUGUCCCAGCUGCUCCACUUCCAAUCCAGCUCUCUACUUUGGUCUGGGAAAGCAGUAAAAGAUGGCUCAAGUCCUUGGGUCCCUACACCCACGUGGGAAGGCCUGGAAGAAGCUCCUGGCUCAGGGCUUCGGAUUGGUGCAACUCCGGCCAUUGCGGCCAAUUGGGGAGUGAACCAGCGGAUGGAAGACCUCUCUCUCUCUCUCUCUCUCUCUCUCUCUGUAACUCUGCCUUUCAAAUAAUUAAAUCUUCAAAAAAUUGUCUUCUGCAUGUGGAUCAUUGCUUCUUUUAAGUUUUCACAGUCAACUUAGCAACAUGUUAACACUGUUUUUUGAGAUCCUAUACAGGGAGUUAUAUGCUAUAUUGUAGGUGAUCCCAUCUCAGUGAGUUGUCCAUUAGUGAAUGUUGUAUUCCUUCCCACAUGACUGGGAAGCCCAUUGUCUUGGGUUUGGCCAUGCUUACGAGCCAGGUAUCACAGUUGUUUCAGUAAACAGAUUCUUUCCUCUCUUAGUACACAUAGUACUUACACACCUGGGUUAUGCUCUUCAUGAUCAAGCUAUUUGACAGCCUGAAGAAGUGGGGGGCUAUAUUCUGAUGUGGGCACCUGUAAUCUGGUAGGGCAGAGGCCUUCUGUCAUAUUUAUGCAAGGGGGUGGUGCUAAUCUUUUCAUAGUGAAAUGGGCCACUCAUUUAAGGCAAGCAGGUUCAGGGAAAUCUAUUAAUUAAAUAUUUCCAUAUCCCAAAUUUUAGGGUCCCUCUCUUUCUCAAUACAGGGCUUGGCUUUGACAUCUCUGACCUGCUGGGAGUGGCUGAGAAGUUCAGUUUCCUUCUUCAAUGUAUGACUGGAGCCUCAUCAUUGUCCUUUAUUCUCUCUGCAAGAACUGGAGUCUUUAGGUAGGGGCACUGGGAUGGUUAGUACAAGGAGACUGGGGUAGUUAGUUUUACAAGAUGAACAUAUUCUCCUCCAUUGUGCCUCCAUGCCAAUUAAUUCUUCUCCUUACACAAGCAUGCCUCAUCAAUAAAUGUAGCUUAUUCCCCUCCCCCACCCUGCCGCUAGACUGAACAUGAUUAUGACCAAUGGAAUGUGACAACAGGGAUGGUUAUGCUCUCAGACUUUGGAGCCCAUUAGAGCACUGUCAGCUUUCCUUUUACUCCUCUUGAAUCCCAGUCACACUUCUUUGAGGAGCCCAAACCAUAUGGAGAGGUCAGAUGAAGGAGAGCUGAGGUGUCUCAGUUGAAAUCCUUUGUUGAUCUCCUAGCAAUGCAACCCACAUGAAUGAGCCACAUUGGAUGUUCCAGAACAUUGGGCCUUCAGAUUUUCAGAUUACUCUAAUCAGUAUCACAUGGAGAAGAAAAGUUGCCUACUGAAUGCAGUCAACCCACAGAUCUUGAGAAAUACAUCUUGUGAAUGGUACUCUUGAGCCUCUUGAAGAGAUUGCUAUCUAUACUUUGCCCUGAGAUACCUUCUUGGAAGGAUUAGAAUACAUGAAAUUUCUAAGAUACAGUCCCAGACUAAUGGAGCUGUUGUGGAGUGAUCUACACUCAUCUCACUAAAACAAGACUACUUGAAGUUCUAAUAUGUUUCCUAGAGGGAUAUCUCAAAAAUAUAACUAAAGAAAAUUUGAAGGGAGAAAUAUUUAAUGGUUUUCUUCAUUGUUCAUUUAAGAAGACUUUAGCUCUCUUCUCACUUACCACUCUGAGAAUAGAAGUAUGACAUGAAGAGGCCUCCCCAUUUGGACAGUUACAUGAAGGACAACAUACUGGUUAGAGAAUAUCAUCUAUAUUUUCAGACAGGAUAUGGAUCUAUUCCAUAAAAAGUUGAACAUCACAAACCAAGAGUGACAUCAGUUGUUUUUAAAAAGAAACAAAAAAACUACGGUUCGGAUCCUUUCCUGCUUUGGAAGAAAGAAAAAUGGAACAUUAAUAAUCAAAGGCCGAAUCGACUUUGGGAUCCCUUCAGUGUCACUAGAGGGUCUGCGUGUCUGUUCAAGAGAACUCCUGAGUGAAUGACAAACACUACAAACAGUCUUCGCCCGAAAGGGGUCUGGAACCUAACCACGGGGUGUCCAUGACCCCAGUGGCUGCUUCCCGGCAGCAAUGAAAGGGUUAUCGGGCAACCGCAGCCAUCACCACGGGGUCACCUGCGAUUCUGCUGCCUGCGACUCUCUGUCCCACCAUUCGGACCGCAAACCCUACCUGCUGAGCCCAGUGGAGCACCACCCUGCCGACCACCCCUACUACACGCAGCGCAACUCCUUCCAGGCCGAGUGCGUGGGCCCCUUCAGCGACCCGCUGGCCAGCAGCACCUUCCCGCGCAGGCACUACACGUCGCAGCAGGAGUUGAAGGACGAGUGCGCCCUGGUGCCCCGCACGCUGGCCACCAAGGCGAACCGCAUCCCCGCCAACCUGCUGGACCAAUUCGAGAGGCAGCUGCCGCUGGGCCGCGAUGGCUACCACACGCUGCAGUACAAGCGCACGGCCGUGGAGCACCGCAGCGACAGCCCCGGCCGCAUCCGGCACCUGGUGCACUCAGUCCAGAAGCUCUUCACCAAGUCGCACUCGCUGGAGGGGCCGUCCAAGGGCAGCGUCAACGGGGGCAAGGCCAGCCCCGACGAGACGCAGACCGUGCGGUACAGCAAGCGCAGCAAAAGCAAGGAGCGGCGCACCGAGCCCAAGGCCCGGUCCACCACCUCCCCGGGCUGGUGGAGCUCCGAUGACAACCUCGACAGCGAUAUGUGCAUCUACCAUGCGCCCUCGGGGGUGAUGACCAUGGGCAGGUGUCCCGACCGCUCCACCUCGCAGUACUUCAUGGAGGCUUACAACACCAUCAGCGAGCAGGCCGUGAAGGCCUCCCGGAGCAACAAUGACGUCAAGUGCUCCACCUGCGCCAACCUACCGGUCCAUCUGGACGCGCCACUGCUGAAGAAGAGCGCCUGGUCCUCCACGCUCACAGUGAGCCGCGCCCGGGAGGUUUACCAGAAGGCCUCGGUGAACGUGGACCAGGCCAUGGUGAAAUCUGAGUCAUGUCAACAAGAGCGCUCCUGCCAAUACCUGCAGGUUCCUCAAGAUGAAUGGGCAGGGUACACCCCUCGAGGUAAAGACGAUGAAAUCCCUUGCAGAAGAAUGCGCAGUGGCAGCUAUAUCAAGGCCAUGGGGGAUGAAGAUAGUGGGGACUCUGACACAAGCCCCAAGCCUUCUCCCAAAGUUGCUGCACGGAGAGAAAGCUAUCUCAAGGCCACUCAGCCAUCCCUUACAGAACUCACCACACUCAAAAUCUCCAAUGAACACUCACCGAAGCUCCAGAUCCGGAGUCACAGUUACCUGAGGGCAGUGAGUGAAGUCUCCAUCAACCGGAGCCUGGACAGCCUGGACCCUGCGGGCUUGCUCACAUCACCAAAGUUCCGCUCCAGGAAUGAGAGCUACAUGCGAGCCAUGAGCACCAUCAGCCAGGUGAGCGAGAUGGAAGUGAACGGGCAGUUCGAGUCCGUGUGCGAGUCCGUGUUCAGCGAGCUGGAGUCUCAGGCCGUGGAAGCGCUGGAUCUGCCCGUGCCCGGCUGCUUCCGCAUGCGGAGCCACAGCUACGUGCGCGCCAUCGAGAAGGGCUGCUCCCAGGACGACGAGUGCGUGUCGCUGAGGUCGUCGUCGCCGCCGCGCACCACCACCACCGUGCGGACCAUCCAGAGCAGCACGGGUGUCAUAAAACUGAGUUCUGCAGUUGAAGUGUCAUCUUGCAUUACAACAUACAAGAAGACUCCACCUCCAGUCCCACCCAGAACUACCACGAAACCUUUCAUUUCUAUCACAGCCCAGAGUAGCACAGAGUCUGCGCAGGAUGCCUACAUGGACGGACAGGGCCAGCGAGGAGACAUUAUCAGCCAGUCUGGACUCAGCAACUCCACGGAGAGCCUGGACAGUAUGAAGGCUCUGACUGCCGCCAUCGAAGCUGCAAAUGCCCAGAUCCACGGCCCUGCAAGUCAGCACAUGGGCAAUAACACCGCCACCGUCACCACCACGACCACCAUCGCCACGGUCACCACAGAGGACAGGAAGAAGGACUUCAAGAAGAACCGAUGCCUGUCCGUUGGGAUCCAGGUGGAUGAUGCUGAUGAACCUGACAAAACAGGGGAAAAUAAGGCACCUAGUAAGUUCCAGUCUGUGGGAGUGCAAGUAGAAGAGGAGAAGUGCUUUCGCAGGUUCACUCGAUCCAACAGUGUGACAACAGCAGUACAGGCUGACCUGGACUUCCAUGAUAAUCUGGAAAAUUCUCUGGAAUCUAUUGAGGACAAUUCAUGUCCCGGCCCCAUGGCCAGGCAAUUCUCCAGGGACGCCAGCACCUCUACCGUCAGCAUUCAGGGCUCAGGAAACCAUUACCAUGCGUGCGCAGCCGACGAUGACUUUGACACGGAUUUUGACCCCUCUAUCCUGCCCCCUCCGGACCCCUGGAUUGACUCGAUCACCGAAGACCCGCUGGAGGCCGUGCAAAGGUCGGUGUGCCACCGGGAUGGGCACUGGUUCCUGAAGCUUCUCCAAGCAGAGCGCGAUCGCAUGGAAGGCUGGUGCCAGCAGAUGGAGAGGGAGGAGCGGGAAAACAGCCUGCCAGAAGACAUUCUAGGGAAAAUCCGAACCGCAGUGGGCAGUGCCCAACUUCUCAUGGCGCAGAAAUUCUACCAGUUCAGAGAACUGUGUGAAGAAAACCUGAAUCCAAAUGCUCAUCCGAGGCCCACCUCCCAGGAUUUGGCGGGGUUUUGGGACAUGCUGCAGUUGUCCAUAGAAAAUAUUAGUAUGAAAUUUGAUGAACUUCAUCAAUUAAAGGCCAAUAAUUGGAAACAGAUGGAUCCUCUUGACAAGAAGGAGAGAAGGGCCCCUCCUCCAGUGCCAAAGAAGCCGGCGAAGGGCCCCGCGCCGCUGAUCCGGGAGCGCUCGCUGGAGAGCUCGCAGCGCCAGGAGGCCCGCAAGCGCCUGAUGGCCGCCAAGCGCGCCGCGUCCGUCCGCCAGAACUCGGCCACCGAGAGCGCCGAGAGCAUCGAGAUCUACAUCCCCGAGGCGCAGACCCGGCUCUGAGCGCCGCCGCCCGCCAAGUAUCUGUCCCCCGCUCCCGCCCUACCCCGACCCCUCCCAGCCCGUCCGUUUCUGAGCUCAGUGACUUCCACUGUCGUGGUGUAGUUGUCCACCUCGCAGGAGCCGCCCCCGGCCACCCCGCUCCCUGGACCAGUCUGCCCAUCUUCCUCACCGAACCUAGCCCCGGAUCCUGAUCCGUCACCCUGCCUCAUCCACAGACCCAACCCUUUAUUUUCUGGGCCAAGCCACACCCACCUGUGUAGAAAGGACACCUUUAGGUCACCUGCCAUCCUCAGUUCUCUCAAGCUAGUCUGUUCCUAGACCUCAGCAAUAUAAAACCAUAGGGUAUUUCAGAAAUCCAGUAUCACAGGGCGAUCCUUUGGGACUUAACGGUCUUCCAUAGGGAAGAAUCGAGGGCUCCGAUCCCCUUUAUUUCCCCUAAAUGGUUAUUCUUUUUUAAAAAGCAGAGGGAGCACUUUAUUCCCAACCUCAGACAUCACACCGUCUCACCAGAAUCAAGGAGUGACAGGGAGAAAGGGGACCAAGCAGGCCUGGGGGUGGGGGACCCGAAUGUGUAGCCGAGAAGGGAGACAGAAGUCAAGUCCGCAGGUGCUGCGGGCACCUGCGCCACUCACAGCUGCACAAACUGCCUCACUGUUACUUCAUCAAUCACAGCUUCAAAUGUUGCAAUCAGCAGAAGAUUGUAAAUUCGAUCUUUCAGGGAAAUUAAUCUAUUCCGAAUGGCAAUAAAAUGAAGAAAGGCAAGGCCAUGGAAGCCCGGAUGGUUUCAGAUACUAAACAAGGGAUUUUUUUUUUUUUUUUUUUGUCCUAGUACUAAGAACAUUUAGAUCUGAAAUGUUUGGUCAACUUUCAUUGUGCUGUGUAUAUUCUGUCGUUGUGGAGGUGGUUUUUCAAGGGGAGAGCAUUGGUUCAUUUGUUAGUGUCCACACUGGUGGGCCUAAUGACACACAUACAGGCACACAUCUGCCUACAGAGCAUGGUGGCAGCACAGCUGUUUUCAGAGACCAGUUGGGGUUUUCCUAUCAUCCCUUCGAAUGCUACACGUCCAUCUGUUUUAACCCAGUAGCUCAUAUCUCAGAUGCGUUUUCUCCUUUAGUCUCCUCUCAUGAUGAUUCCGAGUCCAAUCAUACCCCCCAGCAUAGGAGUCUGUCCUAUGUCAAAUAGAUGAAAUAAAUUCUCUAACCCAAUAGACCUGCUGCCUCACUUCAAAGAGCUGCCUAAAAGUCACCUAGAGGUUCCAGGUAGUGGAGAAGAAAUCUGACCCACUGGGGUCAACUGCCAGGAGGUGGGGGAAGAGGGGAUAGGGGUUGGGGUCUGCAUCAUGCUGAUAUAAACACUGCAAGAACGCCAGGCUUUUGCCAGAGAACGUUGAUUUACAUUUGUAGUCAGAAUUGAUGGGCAGUAUGCCUUGGCGUCUAGCUGAAGUUGUUGUUAAAUGCCCUUACGCGUAGCAGUUUAAACAUUUCGACUGUGGCAAACUUAAAGUACCACUAGCAUUUGGUGUCCAGCUCACACACCCUAAAGCAUUGGGAACUACCAUUGAAAAAUGAAAGACUUUUAAAAACAUAACAUCAAGUAUGCUUGCACCAGAGAAGCUUUUAAAAGAACACACUCUCAUAGCCAGGUGCUAAUUUAAUUUUACUUCUGAAAUUAGGAGGGUUCUGGCAACAAGUAUUUUCACGGACAUACUCUAAAACCACUAGAGAAUUCGCUACCUCUCAGAGCCAUUGAUGCUUUGAGCUAUCUUUAUAAACAGGGCACAAAUGUUUACUGCUGUGGUUUACAAGAAAAGGGCUACUAACUUAUUUAAAAACCAACCAACCAACUUGUAACUAGGAUGAAUAAAGCAUCUUUCUUGAGUGCUUUGUAGCAUUGGAGCAUACGGAGAUUUUGAGCUUCGAGGAUUUGCUAGUUUUAGAAAAAAUCCACCUUUUUUUUUUUAACCUUGUAGCAGCGAUGAAAGGUCACACAAAGCUUGUGUGGAGUAGGGACAACUGCCACCUUGGGUAGCCUAGGGUCACAUUCAUUAUGAGAGUGACUUGGAACUCACAGAUUAAUAUGACAGAAGCAGCAUCCAUUCCAGGACCCAGGAUCACAACAACUACAGCUCUGAGCCCUGAAGUUGAGUUAGUUAAGAUUUGGGUUAAGAAAUCGAUUUCUAAUACAAUUCAAGAUCAUCCUACAAAAUUUUCUUUGGAGACUGAUUUAUCCCAGGAUCUUUUAAUGAGAGACAAGAGGAGGCCUAUUUAUCUUGUCUAAGGGAACGGUAUUUGUAUAUUCAUAAGCUAUUUUUGGUAAGAAUUUUAAAUCUUUUAGCUGAACGCCUACAGGGCAUCAUGACCUUUGCCUUCCUUAAAAACACAGCUGAAAUUGUACAAACACUUUAUAAAAAGCCAAUUAUUGAUGUGAGAACACCACCCCACACGAUGCUGCUUGCUAACCACUUGACCCCUGAAACUGACAUUCAUGAGCAUAACCUUUGUUACAUUGUUCUUUUUGAUGUAAUUUGUAGAAAUGUUUUUUAGUUCAUAAUGGAAAAUGUAUGUACCCUGAAAAACUACUUAUUUUGUUUAACUUUGGUAUAAAGGUGUUGGGCAUUUUCUUGGGGAGGGGGGGUUACAAAAGCAGUUUGUCUCCCACAUCAAAAACGUUCAAAAAAAUUAAGUAUUUAUUAUAUUUUUUGCAGAUGUUUCCAUACAAUUCACAUAAGCUUUUUGUAAAGAGAGAUGAAGAAAUGGAUUAAAGAUUUUUAAUAUUUGAAAUGGUAAAUAGAACUAAUUUAUUUGUAAUAUAUUUCUGUUAUUUAUAGAUGUUUCCUUAAUGUUUUACUGUGCAUCACCACUUUAAUUUAAGCCUUAUCCUUGUGAAUUUACCAUUUCUUUUUUAAAACAUGUCUAGAUGCAUAUUUUAAAUAACUGGAAUGUAAAAAUCACUAGCAUAUCUGACUUCCCAAAUGUAAUUUUUAAAAAUUAUUUUGGUUUGGAAAAAAAAAAGAUUCAUUUGAAAGCCUUCAGAUGGAGGGGUGGGGAACAUUUUUAUGGCUUUAUGAAUUGGAAUUUCAUAGGCUUAUUUACCUAGAUUGUGUGUGGACAAAAAAAUUUGUAAAUAGAUGAAUGUUUCCCAUAAUGUAAAAAGAAGAAAUUAAUAAAAUAAUUAAUGCACUGCUCUCA